CUCAAAAAUGCAUCACACUAUAUGCAAAUCGAAUCCGAGCUAGUUAGCCUCAUCGCGUCACGUGCAGGAUCCGGCAGGAGUGAAGGCAGGAUCACGGGUGACGUUUGCGGUUGCCCUAACCCUCCUGUUAUAUUCGAACGGGAAACGUUUAAGCGCGCUAAUUCCAAAAACAGACAUCAAUCAAGUUCACUUCCGAUCCUGCCGCUAAUUUUAGCGUCUGGUAGUCCUUGGGGUUUAUGGCUGCGGCUAGCGUGUCAGGAUAGAAAGUUUUAGUUUCUGAUAACUAAGUAAA